UUAGGUAGGUGAACUGCACUGGACCCUCGCGCAACAGAAAGACGCACAGUGCGUGUCUACAGUUGGGGAAGAAUGUCAGACCUGCAUGCUGCCUGUUCACGUGCGGACGUUGAGAAAGUGUUUGAACUUCUGCGAGGUGGAGCAAAAACAUCGUGCGUGAACGUACGAAUGGAGACGCCUCUCCACGUCGCCUGCGCACUUUCGCGGGACAGGACGGAAGAGAAGAUGGAGAUUGUGAAACAGCUGCUGCUGCAUGACGCGCCGCUGAAAGAGGAGAAUGAGCGCGGGCGAACGCCUCUCAUGCUCGCCUGCGAAACAGCCAGCGCGGAUGUUGCAACCGCGCUGAAAGAAAAUGGAGCGGGCCCCCGCGCGCGUUACCCUGGCAACGGAUCAAGGCUGUACGAGGCGGUCCUGUCGCGGGCUUGCUCUGGCCAGCUGGACAUCAUGCGCCUGCUACUGGAGGCCGGCGCAGACCCCAACGUCGCCGAUACGGAGAGCGGGGAGACGCCGCUGAUGAGGGCGGCUUGGAUUGCCCGUCGCCAUCUUGAAAACAACUCGCGCGCCGCGCGAACAGCCUCGGGAGCCUGA